GUCGGGAGGCGGGCGCGCGCCGUCGGUAACGUUGUGCGGGGAUUGUAUCUACGUAAGCGGCUGUGUUGCCUGAGGUUGGAUCGUGGAGCUGUUUCCCUGCAGCAGUUUGCUCUCCCUCCCAAGUGGAGUGAUUCCAGCGGGGCUGGGAAAGCUUGCAUCUGUUGUGCGUUCCUCCACAUUCCUCGCCCGCAUCGCGUUACUAGCUGCUCAGGAUUGCGAAUUUUCAAAUAUUUUUUCUGUCUUUUCUUGAAGAAAACAGCCUUAAAGGAUGGAGGAACAGAAGGUGUGGGUACCGCACCCGGUGGACGGCUUCGUGCUGGGUCAGAUCACCGACCUAGCCGAUGACGGCGUGACGGUGCAGCCGCGCGAGCGCGGCCGGCCGCCGCUUACCGUCUCCUACGACCGGCUGUACCCGGCCGAGCAGGACGACACCAAGGACGUGGACGACAACUGCGCUCUGAUGCACCUGAACGAAGCCACACUGCUCAACAACGUACGGCUUCGCUACCAGCGCGACUGCAUCUACAUAUACGUGGCCAACAUUCUGCUGGCUGUGAACCCGUACAAGGAGAUGCGUCAGUUGUACUCACCGGACGUGAUCAAGCAGUACCAGGGCAAGUCGCUCGGCACGCUGCCGCCGCACGUGUUCGCCAUCGCCGACAAGGCGUUCCGUGACAUGAAGGUGCUGCGCAAGUCGCAGAGCGUGGUGGUCUCGGGCGAGAGCGGCGCAGGCAAGACCGAGUCGACCAAGUACAUCCUGCGCUACCUGUGCAAGUCGUGGGGCAGCGCCGCCGGCGAGAUUGAGGCGCGCAUCCUGCAAGCUAAUCCGAUCCUGGAGGCGUUCGGCAACGCCAAGACCACCCGCAACAACAACUCGUCCCGCUUCGGCAAGUUCAUCGAGAUCCACUUCAACGACCGCAUGUCGGUGGUGGGCGGCUACAUUUCGCACUACCUGCUGGAGCGGUCGCGGAUCGUAGGCCAGGGCCGCGAGGAACGCAACUACCACAUCUUCUACCAGCUGUGCGCCGGCGCUCCGGAGGCGCUGCGGCGGCAGCUGCGACUCACCAGUCCCGACGACUUCCAGUACACGCGCUUCGGCUGCACCCAGUACUUCGCCCAAAAGGACACCCAGGCGGCCAUACACACGGACCGUCAGAGCGCCGACCACCGCAAGAAGGGUCCGCUGAACGACCCCAUGUUGGACGACGCCAAGAACUUCACGCAGCUGGACAAGGCUCUGGCGACCGUCGGUCUGGCCGACCAGGAGCGGCUGGCCAUCUACACCACGGUCGCUGCCGUUCUCCACCUGGGCAACGUCGCCUUCGAGGACAACCCCGAGGACAGGAAAGGUGGCUGCAUGGUGUCGCCGUCGUCGGAGAAGGCGCUGGCGUCAGCGGCGGCGCUGCUGGGCGUGGACCCGGACGAACUGAACCAGGCGCUGCUGUCGCGGGUCAUGCAGACCAGCAAGGGUGGCGCCAAGGGCACUGUCAUCAUGGUGCCGCUGAAGACGCACGAGGCGCACAACGCCCGGGACGCGCUGGCCAAGGGCAUCUACUCGCGCCUCUUCGACUACAUCGUGUUCCGCAUCAACCAGAGCAUCCCGUUCAGCUCGUCCAGCUACUACAUCGGCGUGCUGGACAUCGCCGGCUUCGAAUACUUCACCAUCAACAGUUUCGAGCAGUUCUGCAUCAACUACUGCAACGAGAAGCUGCAGCAGUUCUUCAACCAGCGCAUCCUGCGAGACGAACAGACGCUGUACGAGAAGGAAGGUCUGGGCGUCAAGAAGAUCAGCUACGUCGACAACCAGGAUGCCAUUGAUCUGAUCGAGUCGAAGGGCGGCAUCCUCUACCUGCUGGACGAGGAGUCGAAGCUGCCCAAGCCGUCGUACGUGCACUUCACGCAGUCGGUGCACAGCGGCUGCGGCGGCUCGUUCCGCCUGGCGCUGCCGCGCAAGUCCAAGCUGCGCGACCACCGCGAGAUCCGCGACGACGAGGGCUUCCUCGUGCGCCACUUCGCCGGCGCCGUCUGCUACCAGACGGACAAGUUCCUGGAGAAGAACAACGACGCGCUGCACGGCUCAUUGGAGGCGCUUAUCCACGAGUCACACAACGGCUUCCUGCAGGCCCUGUUCGCCAGUCAGGCCAGCAAUGGGAAGGCGGUCACCCGCGGCAAGCUGUCACUCGGCUCGGUCGGCUCCAAGUUCAAGCAGCAGCUCUCCGACCUGAUGGACAAGCUGACGUCGACGGGCACCAACUUCAUCCGCUGCAUCAAGCCCAACCCCAAGAUGGUGGACGGCCUGUUCGAGGGCGGUCAGAUCCUGUCGCAGCUGCAGUGCUCCGGCAUGACAAGCGUGCUGGAGCUGAUGCAGCAGGGCUACCCGUCACGCGCCCCCUUCAACGAGCUGUACGCCAUGUACACCAAGUACCUGCCGAAAGAGCUGGCCAGACUGGACCCGCGCAUGUUCUGUAAGCUGCUGCUGCACGCGCUGGGGCUCAACGAGCACGACUUCAAGUUCGGCAUGACGAAGCUAUUCUUCCGACCGGGCAAGUUCGCCGAGUUCGACCAGAUCAUGAAGUCGGACCCGGAGAACCUGGCGGCGCUGGUAGCGCGCGUGCGCAAGUGGCUGAUCGUCUCGCGCUGGAAGAAGGCGCAGUGGUGCGCGCUCUCCGUCAUCAAGCUGCGCAACAAGAUCCAGUACCGGCGCGCCCACCUGGUGCUGCUGCAGAGCCAGGCUCGCGGCUACCUGGCCCGCAAGCACCACCGGCACCGCUACCAGGCGGCGCUACAGGUGAAGGGCCUGCAGGCCACGCUCACCCAGAUGUCGGAGAUGGUGGCCAAGAUGAAGAAAGACCGCGAGGCGUCGGCCAAGCAGGUGCAGCAGUUGCAGGCAUCCUUCGAGAAAGUGCUCAAGAGGAUUCGCUCCCAGAGAAUGUCCAAGGCAGAGGUGGAGAAGGAGGUGGCCGGCCUGACGGAGACGCUGGCGCGUGAGUUCCGCGGCCUCAAGGCUAAGCUGGAGCAGCAGAAGGUGGCUGAGGAGCAGGAGCGGCUGCGGCUCAUCCAGGAGCAGAUGGACCGCGAGCGCCGGCGCAAGGAGGAGGAGGAGCGCCGCGCGCGCGAGGAGGAGGAGAACAGGCGCCAGCGCCAGGAGAUCGAGGCGCGCCGCAAGCAGGACGAGGAGCUGCGCCGUCGCAAGGAGGAGGCCGACCGCCAGGAGGCUGCGCGCCUGCAGAAGCAGAUGGAGCAGGAGCAGCUGGAGAACGAGCAGCGCCGGGAGCAGCGCGAGCAGGAGCUGCGCGACUAUGAGCUGGCGAUGCGAUUGGCCGAGGAGUCCAAGUCGGGCGGCGUCGAGGACGUGCAGCCGCUGAAACGGUCGACCCUGGUGACGCAGCAGCGCUUGGAGGCGGCCAGCAAAAAGUACGACCUGUCCAAGUGGAAAUACUCGGAGCUGCGAGACACCAUCAACACCAGCUGCGACAUCGAGCUGCUCGAGGCGUGCCGGGCCGAGUUCCACCGUCGCCUGAAGGUGUACCACGCCUGGAAGGCCAACAACCAGAAGCGCUCCGCUCCGAUGGACGAGAGCCAGCGCGCACCGAGCUCGGUGCUGGAGGCGGCGGCCGCCGGCCGGCCGCCCGCUGCUGCCGCCGCAGCCUCGGCCGGCGCCGGGCCGCCGCCACCGCAGCACCGUUUCUUCCGCAUCCCGUUCGUGCGGCCCGGCCAGCAGCAGACGAACCAGGCGCGCGGCUGGUGGUACGCCCACUUCGACGGCCCCUGGAUCCACCGUCAGAUGGAGCUUCACCCGGACAAGCCGGCCGUCCUACUCACGGCAGGCAAGGACAGCAUGCAGAUGUGUGAGCUGAGCCUGAACGAGACGGGCUUGACCCGCAAGAGGGGCGCCGAGAUCCUGCAGGUGGAGUUCGACAGGGAGUGGCAGAAGCACCAGUCCAAAUGAGGCGCCAGCGCGGGUCUGCGACGGCGCCGUCAGCCGGCAGCGGCAGCUGUUUCUCCCAGGGGGCUGGGCGUGCGUGGUAACCUGCGACGUUCACUCCGUUGGGCCGUAUUCGACGCUAGUAUGUUCCUCUUGUUUCGCCUCUGAAUGUGUGAGCCGUGCGUUAGUAGUGACGGGAGACGUGCGGGGGGGGCGGGGCAGGGCCGGCCCCGGUGCGACGAACGCUGCGUCGGGUGGACCGACGGCGGCCGCGGCCGGCACUGGAGGCGGCGCGCCGUCUGCGGGUCGGUCGGCCGCCCCAGAGCCAACGAGCCGGGGUGGCGCUCGCGAGCGUAGCGUCCGGACGCGCGGCCCCGGCUUCGGCUGCACCCUCCCCCCCCCCCCCCCCCCGUGUGUCCGUCGUCCAGGCUCGGUCGGGUCGCUGCUGGCGUGUGAAGUCGGAUCACCGUUGCCGGGGCGUUCAGUUGCGGCCCGGCCGCCGUCACUCGUGCCGCGGUGGCACGACCCCGGUCCGGGCGCGCCACCUCUCCCCGUACAUACGUGGCCCGGUCUGGCCGUGCCGCCCGCUCUGGCGUCCGGCCCCGGCCGUCGCUAUCGGCGCGUUUACGGCCGUCCGGAAAAGCCGACCAAGUGUCGCCAUAAUUAGCAGGCUGGCCACGGCCUGUUUGCCGACGUUUUGCCGGCCAAUCGGCCGUGUUUGCGGCGCGUUCGUAAUCUGACGCGCGCUGGGCUGCCCCCACCGCCCACCGCGCCCGCGUCCGUCCCCGCCCCGCCGGUGACGUCAUCGAAGAUGAUGUCACUGACGUCACGCGCGUGCCACCGUUACUGCCGCCGUUGCGCGCCGCUGCCGCCGCCGCCUAAUAUUUUCUACUGCUAAAGGGUGGCGAUUGGUCACGUUCCAAUGCCUCGCCGUGUCGCCGCACGUUACAUUCAGAUCGUCAUUGGCCUGGCUGUCUUCCACUGUUUACAUUCCGAACUAGUUUGCUUAUGGAUCUGGGAUAUGACGGGCAUCGUCUUGCCUGGGACGCUUUGAUAUCAUUCCAGCUCGGCGAGGACGUUUUUGAUCGCUUUGUUCUGCUUUAUUACGAUCAGGUGCGACGCGUACAUUUUGACUUUGUUAAUUGUUUUCGGAAUGUGAUUUAGCUGUUGCGUAUUUGGAACUAUCUUUAUUUUUGUGCUUAUCAUGAUGAUAACGUAAGCAUCGUAGUGGUAAAGCGGUUAUGUUGGAAGCAAUGAGGACUGUCACGCACCUAUUCCUACUUGAUGCUGACCUUAUCUGCGGCCUUUUUGUUAUAAUUCGGAGAUUAUUAGCAACGAUGUAACGUGAAAGGUUUUUUCGAAAUAAAAGUCAUGGAAUGGUGAA